AUGGUGUGUAAAAGACCCGGUAGAGACGCGAAAAUAUCUUUGCUCUUGAGAUUGGUGGUUUUACUCAGAGCCGGAGCUCAUGAGUACGUCCAAACUCCAAAAGAAUGUACAGAGGAAAUUUCACUCAAGGGCAAGAACGGAAGCUUUACCAGUCCAGGUGGCUACCAAGGUUACCCUAACAACACUGUGUGCAGAUGGUCUAUUACAGCCACAUACGAUGCCGAAAUUCGAAUUACCUUCCACGACUUUGACUUGGAAUGGAGCAAGACAUGUAUCCUGUAUGAUUACGUCACGGUGUCCGAAAAGUGUCUUUCCUCGAAAACCUGGUCGAGUAACCUAGGAUCUGGGGAUAACGUGGAUGGAUUUUGCGGAAAAAUGACGACAUUCAAUGUUACAGCAAGCUGCGGUAAAGUGUUGAUAGAAUUUAAAUCUGAUGAUUCUAUAACAGGAAAAGGAUUCAACGCUACCUAUGAAGUUAUUCCACAUCCAAAAAAACCUGAAAUUGUAUCAUUUUGUCCAGCUGGAACUAGUACUUGUUCAUCAAGAAAAGUAUUUACAGAAUAUGAAGACGGAAAUAUCCCAUGCCAAGUUGCAGGAUCUGUGGACAUGCAAACCUGGUCUUAUCUCGGUUCUGACCCUGAAAAUCUAAAUGGAUCAUUCGACGGACUUCGUAUGUUCACCGACGAAGAGGGAGGGCUCUUCAUCAAGAACCUUAAGCGAAGUGAUACAGGAUUUUAUAAGUGCUAUGUAGAGAACUCCCUGGGAAAUCACAGUGCAGUGGUGUACUUGCAUGUGAAAGAGAAAUGUAACUGUCCCAAAAAGAUCUUUGCCAAUUGGUACAACAUUCCGCCAUACAUCAAAUAUAAUGGACCAGGACAGAAUCCAACCGGAUUAUUUCCACAUUUCCUCCCACAAUUGUUUUCUCACUGCUGUGGAAACUGUUCCGAAGGUGACGGGCCGUCAGAGAUCAUCUAUGAUGUUAAAUUCCAAGAAAACCUGGUGGCCAUCAAGGAUAUAAGCAACCUUGAGAGCGUUGAUACCAUCACGUUUCCUAUCAGUGGGAACAAGGAUAACCCCUCUUAUAAGAAUGAGUUUAAAUUCUUGCCGCUUAUAAGCUCACCGGGAGUGGCUUUUAUCGUUGUUGAAGAACCACCUGGUACUUCUGCUAAAGCUGUGUUUGACUCGGUCGUGUCGGGGUGGCCUGUGCUUGUACUCACCAUUUUGAUGGCCUUGUUGUCUGGGAUAGUUAUGUGGGCACUGGAUACUAGGUACAAUCCUGAAGAAUUUCCGAGGUCGUUUAUCAAGGGGAGCGGAGAAGGUUUCUGGUGGGCUUUUGUCACAAUGACAACUGUGGGUUAUGGUGAUCGAUCUCCCCGGGGAUUUCUUGCUCGUAUAUUUGCGAUAGUCUGGGUUCUAGUUGGCCUCGUGAUCACAUCCAUUUUCACCGGUGUAGUGACCACCUCUCUAACAGCCAUCACACUGAGUACUGAUGUCAAACUUUAUGGUGCUAAGGUUGCAGCAGUGGCCAAUUCUACCGAGUACAAGCUGGGUUUGAGCAAAAAUGCAAUUUUGAAAGAAUUUAAUGACCUAGAAUCGAUCGUUGAACCUCUGAAGAAUCGCGAGGACAAUUUGAAGGGCGUACUUGUAGACACUUACGUGGCUGGGGAAAUGUCAGAGUUUUCAAGCGAUGAGCUUCGAGUCAACAAAAUCAUCGACCAUAAUUCUUAUUAUGGCGUCGUAUUUGGAAAAGGAGAGUUGACAAAAAUUCCAAUUCAGGAAUGCUUCACUGAUUAUGUGUUGUCCCAUCAGGCGGAGAUCUUCGAGAUUGUGAAGAAGGGUACUAAACCUAUGAGUGAGCCCGACGGGAACGCAGCUUUAGAACGUUCGUCUGGCUUGUUUGAUGCUACUACUCCUCUGUUUCAACGUUCCAUGUACACGUGCGUUGGUCUGUUGCUGUUUUUCGCGACCUGUGGUAUUAUCUGGGAUUACGGUUACAUGAGGUAUUGGAAGAAGAAAGCUGAAAAGGAGGAACUUGAGCUGCUUGGUAUUCCUGCCUAUGAAAUGGCGAAAAAGAACCUGGAUAUGCUAGAUGCCUUGAUGGAGGAAGUGCAAGACUUCUACGACAACUGGGAGAAGAGAAUGGACGAGAUUGUGGAUAAACAUGAGAUGCAGCUAAGGCUACAAGCAAAAAUGAAGAACUUGGAGGAAAAAGCGACUGAAAAAUCCUCUUACGAAAAUGAACUUUACAUGAAUAGAUGAGUUGUUUCACUGUCUCAUUCCUCCAUUAUCACUGUUUCCAUGUUUUUGCAUUGUUCCACUUUACUUCACACACGUAGCUGAGCAAUCAUGCUAAAA